GGAUAGAUUUAGAGAGCAAAACUGAGUUCACAUCCACACCUAUUCAAACCUAUUCUCUCAAGUAGUACUCUUAAAAUAGAACAUAUAUGACUAUGAUUAUGAAGAGGGAAAAUGACAACAAUACCCUCUCACUCACAGAUAUAGAGUUGGCCAGCACAUGGAACCACCACAUAUGCCAUUUCUCUAGUGUUUCAUAUUGCUUUAAGACUAACAGCUUGAAAAGUGGGUGAUUUUCUUCUCUUGGAAGACCAUAGCUUUUCCUCUUCCUUUUUUUUCUGCCUCUUAAAUCCAUGGAUACAGCUCAGUGGCCACAGGGAAUUGGAGUGGUUAAACCUAUGGAAGCUUCAAGGCAAAUGAAGACAAGGCCUCAAAAGGAUCAAGCUCUCAACUGUCCAAGGUGUAAUUCAACUAACACCAAGUUUUGUUACUAUAAUAACUAUAGUCUCUCUCAGCCAAGAUACUUUUGCAAGACUUGUAGAAGGUAUUGGACUGAAGGUGGGUCUUUAAGAAAUGUUCCUGUCGGUGGAGGUUCAAGGAAGAACAAAAGAUCAACUCCACCAACACCACCAUUAGCAUCAACAUCACCUGCUUCAUCUUCAAAGAAUAAGCUUCCUGAUCUGACUUCUCCACCAAGUUUCCCUCAGUCUGCUUCUCAAAACCCUAAGAUCCAUCAAGGCCAAGAUCUUAACCUAGCAUAUCCACCAGCUCAUGAGGACUACAACACCAUAUCUAAGUUUAUUGAGGUACCCUAUAGUGACAACAACAACAACCACAGCAGCAAAAGCCACCAUCAAAACCCUAGUACCUCCUCUGCUUCACCUCAACUCUCAGCCAUGGAACUGCUCAAAACUGGGAUUACAUCAAGAGGCUUGAGCUCUUUCAUGCCCAUGUCAGUUUCUGAUUCCAGUGCAAUGUAUUCAACCGGGUUUCCUAUGCAUGAAUUCAAGCCAAGUCUCAAUUUUUCUCUUGAGGGGUUUCAAGGUGGAUAUGGGAGUAGUCUUCAUCAAGGAGUGCAAGAAACUGGUGCAAGGCUCUUGUUUCCUAUUGAGGAUUUGAAACAAGUCCCAAACACAAGUGAAUUUGAUCAGAAUAGAGGCCAAGGAGAUUCUUCUGGUUAUUGGAAUGGAAUGUUAGGAGGUGGAUCAUGGUAAAUAAUUAAGCCCCAAAAAGAGAAAUGGAUGAUGAACAAGAAGUUGGUGUUUUUAAUCACUUUUUUUUCUUCUCUUUUUUUUUUUUUUUUUGGGUUUUUCUUCCACUUGGGUGGGUGACUUGUUUUGAGUUAAUCAAAACUAACAAAUAGGGUACAUGGGUUUCUUUCUUUCUUUUAAAGUAUUCGCACCCCUUUCCUUCUCUCUCCCUUAUUUUUCUCAGUUCUAUGUACUUUCUGUUUUUUGCUUUCUUUGCACUUUGAUCAAUGUGGAUGUUUGAAGCUUUAUUUUAGGUUGGCUUCAAAAGUGUGUCACGGAAUGCUGUGUAAAGAUAGAACAAGAUGCCAAGGGAGACUGAUGAUAUCUCUUUUUAGGGCUUCAUUUAGAAGAAAAAGAAACCUGACUUCUAGUUCUUUGGCCUUUGCAUCAUGGUCCUCGGUAGUACUCCUUAUGUUUCUUCCAUCACAGCAAAGGGUUCAGUGUAUCAUGUUGUUCAUCUUGCUACAAAAUUUUAAUAAUCUUCCAUGUUUGUUAGGUAGCAAGAGUUUAGUAAUAUAUUAUAUAUAUAUAUUCUGCAGAAGCAUGUACUAAAGUUAAAUUAAUGAUCAAAUGACUAUCUUAAUCUUUGUUUAUUUUAAA